AUGGGGCUGGCCAAUAUAACUGCUAGCACGGACUGGCUGCGCUUUGGCAUGGGAGGCCAUGGAAGUUCUCCCGUCGUGGCUACUGUCGCUCGUGAUUUGAUCAUUUAUGUGGUGCAGAACAUUGGAACGAACGCAUUUCUUUGCUUCUGGGGCCGCAUCGCGAAGGGUACCAAAUCAGCCGCAAACGGGCUGCUACGGGAUGUGGGAGCUGGACUGUAUCGUGACAACCAGACUACCACGCUGCACCCCCCCCCGGACGGGAGCUCGUGGGCCAUGAAGGCUAAUGCGACUCAUUCCGAUGAUCAGAGUCGCACCAUCUCCGAGGCUCUGUGCCCGUUUUGGAACCUACGGUGGCCCAGCUCCCGAGUCCAGAGCCACGGUAUCGCCCUUCCUCAGUGA